AUGUAUAGAGAUCAGUCUCGAGAUCAACUGGACCAGACACCAACACUCAAGGAUGGACGGGCGAGCUCGCAUUCUCCGCAUCGCGCAGGUGCUGAACAGACUUCAGAUCAAGUACAGACGAGAUUAUCACAACAUGAUCUACAUGAAACUACUCCAUGGACCGCCGAUGACUCUGUCCCGCUGGAGGACGCGAUAGAAGCUAUAUUUCAUUUUCCGCCCAAGUCUAAAUCGAAGUCGAGGUCGAGGUCGAGGUCCACAACAACGUCAACGCCAGCGUCAGUGUCAGCAUCAGCUUCAACAUCUACGUCUAUGUCAAUGUCCACGUCGACGUCGACGUCGACAUUGACGUCGACGUCAAGACAUCAGAUUCAAGCUUCUCAGCAGUUUGCUGCCAUGAUGAAUGAUCCGAGCACUUCUCCACAUAUCCCUGCCGUACAAACAACUCAAUAUCAGGAUGGGUGGGCUUGCUCAAGUGAAGUCUAUAGUUCUGGUCCAGCAAGUCACAUGAUGAGGCAGCAAGCUGGGAACCUUCACUCCAUGAGCCUUGCGAUGCCUGCGAGCUGCAACCCAACUCCCACGAGCUCUCCUCCUACUAACUCCUCCACUGACACCUCGGGGACCUCUCGGGGCUGGACGGAGGACGAGCAUCAGCGCUUCCUCGUCGCGCUCAGAGACUACUGCCCUGACGCUGAGACGAGGGUCGCUCAGGACGGGCGCGUGCGGGUAGGGCUGGGGAGAGGAGUCGCCUACUUCAUCUCGAGGGCGAUCGGAACGAAGACAGCGUCGCAGGUGCGGUCGCAUGCACAGAAGUACUUCGAGGGCUUGAUGAAGGAUUGA